AUGAAUGGUCAGGACAUUUUUGCUCAUGUUAGAUCAAUCAUUGAGAUGGAAAAAGAAUUUUGCUUGAAGGUUGAUGAACUGCUCACAUAUUUACAAAUUCCUGGACACCUUCAUAGUUCAAGACAAGCAGUAAAUCAGAAUAAAUUGUUAUCGUUGGUUGAGGAUUUUUCCUUUGUAUAUGCAGUCAAAAAAGGAGAUGUCAUAGGAAAAGUCAAUGUUUGGUUAUAUGACAAUCCAGCACCAGCAAAAUAUGAUUUUAUUGUAAUGGAAAUUCUGUAUCACUUGAACAAUACCUGGAAA